UCUAUUCUCGAUAUCAAAUAUUGCAAUGCGCCACCGUUAAUGGCCAUUCUCAGAUCACUCAGGGAACUUGCUCGAAAGACCUCCAACACCAACACCAGAACCUUCUUCAUCUCCACUCCAAAUCCGACGUCCUUACGAUCCAUAAGGUCAUCAAUCUUACUCUCUCGCUCAUCAAACUUUAUCUCUCCUUCAAUCUCUAUCUCUAAGUGGGACUACCCAUUCCAUGGCCCGCUUUUCCUCUCCUAUCCUCCAUGGAAGCUUCUGCAAUUCGCGACUCCUCUAUACCUCCAAUCUGACGUCGUUGCGAUCCCUAAAGUACGGGCUAUUGACUUGCUUCGAGAACGGACGUUUCCGAUCAAAUUAGGGUUAAGAUCGGUUAAAAACGACAGUAAUUUGGUUGAUGGGAAGGACUCGAGGAUCGUUGGAAGUAGUGUCCGUGAUGGAUUAGUGGAGAGUUUCGUUAAUUGGCCCAAUUUCAUUUCUAUGAGUAGAUUGGUUUCUGGCCCGGUGCUUGGAUGGAUGAUCAUGCAUGAUAUGUAUCUUCCUGCAUUUCUUGGGCUUGUUGUCUCUGGGGCAACAGACUGGUUAGAUGGAUAUGUGGCCAGAAAGAUGGGGAUUAAUUCCGUGGUUGGUUCAUACCUUGAUCCUCUUGCUGACAAAGUUUUAAUUGGUUGUGUUGCCUUAGCCAUGGUAGAAAGGGGUCUUUUGCACUCAGGACUGGUGGCACUUGUAGUGAUGAGGGAUGUUGCUCUAGUUGGUGGGGCAGUGUAUAUAAGAGCUACCAACUUGGGUUCAGAGUCAAGGAGUUGGGUAGAGUUUUUUAACCUUGAUGGGAUUCGACCACAGAAAGUUGAGCCUCUAAUGAUCAGUAAGGUUAAUACAUGCUUCCAACUAGCCUUGGUUACAGGUGCUCUUUUGCAACCAGAGUUUGGAACUCCUCAAACUGAAUUAUACAUCACCUACUUAAGUUGGUUAGUGGCUUCAACGACAGUGACUUCCACUGCGGCUUAUGGUUUGGAGGUUAGCUUUGGUGUUUGCUGCUUUUUCAUUCAAUCGCCUAGCUUUAGUCAGCCAACGAUCGAUAGUCUUCCCUGCCCUCCUCACGCACAUACCUCAACGAUUUGA